AGCUGGGCAUGUCCCCCGACACCGUGCUGGCCGCCUACCACCCCGACGCCCCUGACGUUCUCAACGGCUGCAUGGACCUGCGGCGGGUGCUGGUGGAGCUGGUGGACCCGGGGGUGCGGGUGAAGAAGAAGGAUGCCCCCCCAUACACCCACACGCGGCACCCCCCCCCUUCAGGAUGUGCUGCCCGGCCAGCCCGCCAAGCCGCAGCUGGCUGACCGCUGCGAGGGCGGGGUGGCGGGGGCGGCGCGGCGCAUGCGGGGCCGGCGGUUCGUGGUGGAGGUCAAGUUUGACGGGGAGCGCAUGCAGGUCCACCGCACCGGCCCCGACACCUUCAAUUUCUUCAGUCGACGCGGGUACGACCACGGAUCCAAGCGCGACUUUGCCGUACUGGGCCCCGCGCUGGCUGGGCUGAUGGCGGAGGAGCGCAUGAUCCUGGACGGGGAGAUGGUGGUGUGGAACAAGAGGAGGCAGGUGUUUGAGCCGUUCGGCGGGCUGACCGGCGCCCUGGACGCCAUCAACCGGGGGGCGGCGCCGGGGGAGAGGAUCAAGAUGAAGAUGGGCAGCUCCGUCAACACCUCCGACCCCGACUACGUCUUCCCGGUGGCGGCGGAGGUGGAGGUGGUGUACGUGGUCUUCGAUGUGCUGUUCGCGGAGGGCGGCUCCACACUGGACUUGAGCCUGCGGGAGCGGCAGCAGCUGCUGCGCCGCGCGCUGCGCCCCUGCCCGCCCGAGGGCCUGGCGGUGGGGCCGCCCCCCGCAGCCAUCCGCUUCAGGGCGGUUGCACUGCUGCCCGGGCUGCCAAUGCUGGGCGGUGAGGUGUACAGCAAGGAGGGUACGACAGAGCAGGAUAUCAAGGAGGUGUACGAACGAGCGCUGGCAAAGCAGGAGGAGGGCAUCGUGGUCAAGGCGCUUGACUCUCCGUACAAGCUGAACGACCGCUCCGGCUGCUGGCUCAAGGUUAAGCCCGACUACGUGAACGCGGGGGAGUUUGAUGCGGUCAUCAUUGGAGCCAUGUGGGGCACGGGAGGGCGUCGCGGCGGCCGCAUCAGUGAGUUCCUGAUGGCCCUGGCGGACACCCCCCGGGGGGGCGGCCUGUCGGGGGCGGAGCCGGCAGCCUUCGUGAGCUUCUGCAGGGUGGGUACGGGCCUGUCCGCGGAGCAGUACGCCAUCCUGCGGGAGCGGUUGCGACCGUUAUUGGUUGAGCUGGCUCCGGGGCAACGACCUCCCCGCUGCUACCGGCUCACGGGGGACGCGAGGGAGCGGCCGGACGUGUGGGUUCGGGACCCGCUGAGGAGUGUCGUACUGACAAUCAAGGCCGAUGUCCGCACCAUCGUCACCGACACCUUCGCCUCGCGCUACUCGCUCCGCUUCCCACGAGUGGCCGCCAUACGGGAGGACCGCAGCGCCCGGGACGCGACCAGCCUGGGGGAGCUGGAGAGGAUGGUGGCGGAGAGGGCCAGGAUGGCCCAGUUGGAGGCUGCCGCCGGGGGCGGUGGCGGAGGUGGGCUGUACGGCAUUGACGAGGGAGGUGACGGCGGCGGCGGCGGUGGCGGCCCCAGUCGCCGCCGUACCGGUGCCGGCGGCCGCCGUACCGGCGGAGGCGGGGCGGGGUCCCGCCGUAUCACCGUGGCCCGGGUGCCCCUGGACUUGCGACCCGUGGACGUGUCCGAUAUCCCGGUCUCCCAGGACCUGCUGGGCGGGCGCUACGUGCUGCUUCACGACUGCCCCGAACCGCACAAGAGUCGGCUGGCGGGGCUGAUCCGGAAGCUGGGGGGCAGGCAGACAACAAACUAUAUGCCCUCUGGGCCCUACAGCACCGCCUUUGUGAUCCUGGGGCGUUGGGACGCAGCCACCCGCGCCGACCCGUGGGUCCCUGCGCUGGCGGGGCGCACCGACUUGCUCCGACCCCAGUGGCUGGAGGCGUGCGAGGCGGAGGGGAGGCUGCUGCAGCCGCCACGGCCGGGAUUGGCGUGGAGCAUCUGUGGAAAGACUCGCGAGCAGCACUCGGACGUGAUGGACCCCUACGGCGACCUUUACUACCAACCGCUGCUCCUCUCCUCAUCAGCUGCAGCACCUGCAGCAGCAGCAGUACAUGACGUACGGCAUGAUGACGGCGAUAACGACGACGAUGACGACCUGCGGGCGUUGGUCGAACGCCACGUCACUGCCGCACAGCUGGCGGCGGCGCGUACGGCACUGGAUGCGGCGGCGAGCAUGCCUGCCAGAGCGCGGCGGCGAGCGAGGCAGCGGGACGCGCGGAAGCAGCCGGAUGGGAGGACGAGUGAGUUUGGGAGGGGGUGGGUGAUGUAACUUGUAAGGGUUAGAUGCAGAGACAAGGAGUAUCGCGAGCGCAGAAGACGUUUAAUUACUGUUAUGGUGCGGACACGGCCUGGAUACGGUGCUAUGGGAAUUUCCCAAUACAACGAGGAUGGAGGAGCAGCCUAAUGUGAUCUUGGUGCCGCCCAUGUUGAUAACAUGGGCUGUACGAGUAUGCAGCGGAACGUAUGCCUACGUAACGAAGACAACACCGCCUAGGGCUGAAGUCCUGCCCUGGCAUGACACUCUUGGACACGACUACCGGACAGACCAACGGGCGAACAACUCCCCGGGCUGAUCCUAGGGAAACCGCAGGCAAACGCCUGUCACCAACGCUCCUCUAGGACCACCCAAACUGACACAGGGGCGAAAAUUAUGUAAUAAGUGCAAACAACCAUAUUCCCGACUCGUGCAGUGAGUGCAUUAAGAGACACUAUCCUGGCACAGGGGCGGGGCGACACCUCAUGUUACCAACACGCCUGGCCGACUUUGACCCCCUGUGCAACUCCCCUUGACUGCAUGUACCCUACACAUGCUACCUUGUACCGUGUACCGCUACAAGCCCUGUACGAGACUACUGACGACCUCAUACGACGGAUCCGAGAUGAGAUCCACGAUAUCGGCGAGAAACCCCCACCUGGAUCCAUGUUCCUGGGCCUUACGUUGCUCUUUCUGGAGUUGCAGUACAUUCCGCCGCCGCCGGCGCCGCCGCCACUCGCCAUCGCGCCAAUCGAGGGCCUACUCCUGGCUGGCGUUACAGACGUCGAGGAGCGCGCGCACCACUGGGUCGCCAACGACCCACGGGACCGUGUCGAGGCGUUGAAGGCGGCCGUCGUACGGCAUGGCGGCGUGGUGGUUGACAGUUGGGAUGAACGAGUGACGCAUCUCGUGUUGUACGACGGGAUUGACGAGACGAUCAUGGAUGACCAAAUGCGGGCCGCAAUGGCGGUUGUACGACAUGACCAAGAUCAAGAUCUGCAUGUAGAUCUGCCGUACGACAAUUCUACCGCCGCCAGGGCGGCGCGUGUCGCCGCAUUGGCUCGUGAAUUCAGCCCAGAGGAGGUCAUUGAGGCUCUCAUUGGUGUUGCCGAGUGCGCACAGGAUGAGGACGCGCUAGAGGAGGCCGCUGAGGAGGAAGAGCAGGAGCAGCGACAACAAGGGGAGGAAGGCGGUGAUGGUCACAGCGCCGCCGCGGCGGCGGCCCGGCGCAUGUCGGCGGCUCAGUCGCACAGUUUGUCGCUGAUCCGAGCAGCGCUGGAGCGGCCUGCGGGGGCGGUGGAGGCGGUGGGUGCCGUACAGCUGGUGGACUGGAGGUGGGUCCGCGACUCCCUGCAACGUGCUGCGGAUGCGGCGGCGGCAGCCACUGCCGCCAAGGAAGCAGCCGCCGCCAGGCGCCGCGCCGCCACCACCACCUCCACUGGCGGUGACGGCGGCGGCGGCGGCACUCAUAGCCCCAAGCUCAACAUUUACGGGCUUUAUGACAAUGAGAUGGAAGACGAAGAUGCAGUGGAUAUGGAUGAGGGGCAUCAGGAGGGGGAGGAGGAGGGGGUAACAGCGGUGGCGGCAGCAAGAGCAGUGGGGACGCUGUCAGAGCUGGACUACCCACCACGCAUCAAGCCGCCAGCGGAUUGGUGCUCCGCAGGAGCAGGAGGAGGAAGAGAAGGAACCCAAGGAGAAGGGCGACAGCUACAACGGCAAGAGACGGGUACGGCAGAAGUGGCGGCAACUGGUGACAUGACUGCCACUAUGGUAGAUGGUGUGCCCGGACGGGUUCCAAAGGAGGCGCCGCCGCUCCCCGGCAUGCCGAGGGAGGACGGCCCAGCUGGUCGAGGCGGAGGUGCAGGUGCAGGUGGCGGCGGCGGCGGGACGUUGGGCAGCAUUUGGCGGGUGGUGCUUGAAGAUGAAGAGGAGGAGGGUAGCGGCGCAGAGGAGGAACGGAAGGAAAAAGGCCGCACUCGGUCGCCGCCAUCUGCAGGACCAGCCGGCAUGGCCGCCGCCGCCAUCGUACAAUCGCUGCCGUCAACCCGGUCAGAUGAAGCACAUGCCGUACAUGCUGCGCCGGCCUCACAUCAGCCACCUCUCCAAUUGAUGCCAUCAGCGGCGCCGUCAGCUGUGCGCCAGGCGCCGGCCCCGCCGCUCUCAACGUCAUUACUGCAGCCCUUGCCGCCACCCGACGAGUUCAUCCGCCUCUGGCCCUGGGAGCGCUUCCGCAUACCCCUGCCGGCACCCGAGGAACUUGCCAAAUUAGGCACCCGAACUCAGCGGCGGCGGCGGCGGCGCGGCCCGUACGGCAGUACAGAUGGUACGAGCACAACCGGCACCGCUGGAACUACCACCAUCGUUGCAACAAGUGGGGGAGUGCGGCAUGACGGUAGCGACGGUACGGCAAGCGGCGGCGGCGGGGAAGGUGCUGACGGUAGCAGCGAUGGCGGCGGCUCCGCCGCUAAUACUCCUGUACGGCGCCGUCAUGGCGGACAUGGCGGGUUAUCAUCGCCACCGGCUACGGGUGCCAGGAAAGGACGCACUGUGGCGGCGGCGACGGCGGCGGAAACGGCAGCAGCGUCAGCAGAAACGGCGGUGGCGACGCAAGCUUCCAAGAGAAGUGCUCAGAGCGGCGGAAGGGCUGCAGCAACAGGAACUCCGUUGCGGGCUUGUCGAUCCAGAUCUGCCGCUAGGGGGGCUGUACGGCAGGAUGCUGGUGGGCCGGCGGAGGUAGCGGCCGCUGCCGAGCAUGCAGGAGGGGAUGCGGCGCCGCCAUCACCGGGGACAACGGUGGCGGCAGCGGUACAGGAGCAGCGUCGGCGGCGGGGACUACGGGGAAGCACAGUGACCCGGACCCGCGGCAGUCCCACCGCUACGGCUUCCAAACGGCAACAGCGUAAUCCACGCAAGCGCCCGGGGUCCGCCGCUGCUGAUUACGAGACCGCCGAAGCUGCUAGCCUGGAAGACGACGGGGAGCUAGCGGCGAACGCUGCCGUUGCAACCGGGACCCAGCGUAAGCGGCCGCGCCGGGCCGCUGCCGCCGCAGCGGCCGCCGCCACUGCUUCCCUGCUCUCCAGAGAGCGCUUGGAGGACCAGGAGGAGGAGGGGGAGGACCUAGCGGAGAAGUCUUCACCGUCGCCAGCUCCGCAACCACCACAACAGAGCAGGGGACUGCGUCGUACGGCAGCACGGCGAGGGGCGGCGGCGGCAGCAGCUGCAAUGGAGGAGGAAGAGGAGGAGGAGGAGGAGGCGGACGGGAAGCAUGGUGAAGCCGGGGAAGGGCCGCGUGGGUCCGGUGCGACAGCGGCAGCAUCCUCGGCGCCAGUUGCUGCAAUGGCGGAGUUCCGUCGGGGACCUGUCAUGCAAGGUCAAGCCGCCGUGGAGACGUCGUCAAACACUGGUGACGUUGGAGCUAUCAGCGCCGCCCACGCCGCCGUUGUAGCAGCUGGCGGCGGCAGCAGCAGCCAGCUGCGACGGUUGCCGACAACACCCAAACCAACACCUGCAGCACUGCCGCUGCCGCCACCGUCGCCUUUCUAUACAGGACAAGCCGCCCAGAUCCGUGCUUUGACCCCUGCUGCGCCCGCAGCCCAUGUUACGGAGGGUAACAAUGGUGGCGGCGGGCCCUUCGAUGCCGCUGCAGCGGCGGCGGCGGCGGCAAGUGCCGUACCACUGCCGCCACCGCAGCCGCUACCAUCACCGUCACCAUCGCCGCUGACGUCACUUCCGAAACGUCGCCUGCAGGACUUGAUGCGGGUGCCGUACGGAUCUCGUACAGGCCCGGCCGUCCUCCAGAGUACGGCAACUACGUCUACGACAUCAUCCACACUAGCACCCGCCUCGAUGCAGCAGCAGCUGCAGUCUCAGGCUCACACUCAGGCACAUGAAGGUCAAACUCAGCCUCAAACCCAGUCCCAAAGUCAGCCUCAAACUCAACAACAGCAAGAGCGACGACCGGACGGCUCACAGCGCAUCAACACCGCCGCAGCAGCAGCACCUGCCACCUCCACCGCCACCACCGCUGGCGUCAACGCAUCGCCUGUCCUGCGACGAAGACUGCUGGGGCAACGGCCGGGUGAGGCCGCCCAAGUGGGGCAGAGGAGCCUGCUGGGGGCCGGAACACAACCCACAACAGCGGUGGCGAGGGUAGCGGCAGCGCCGCCGGUUACUGCAGGGUUCGGCGGUGCUAGUGGAGGUGGUAUGGUAGGGCAAAGCGGUGGCGAGGGUGAUGGAGGAGGCAAGGGAAGCGGCAGCAGCGGUGGUGGAGGUGGCGUCCUAUCAAGCGUGCUUGCCCGGGUCUUGGGCGGUGACAGUGAUGAGGACUAGGGGACUAGUGCCCAUACAUCCGGAUAGGGAUGUGUAGCAAGGGGUGGUCGUAGGUAAGAGGGUAGUAAGUAGGAGAAGAGGCGUUGGGGAACGGUGGUUUUGACCGAGAGGUAUCGCAUUGAUGUAUACUUUGAAUGUUGUUGCAUUUGCGUUGUACUGCUGUUGGUUGCAUGGUCGUACUGCAUGUUCGUAAUGCUAUCAGGAUGACCUCAUUGCUGUCGUACGCACCAUCGCCACGCCUUGGUUGUUGGGCUUGUUUUCAACCAAGGCCCUUGGACAACUGAAUUAUUGUACGUACAGCUAUGCUUCAUGUGCAUGUGCAUGUGCAUGGGCUGUAGUUGGAAGGUUAAAAGUACUGUGAUGGGACCGGGGAGAACGCCUUUUGACGUUGACGCUAGCGAUUGCAGAGGGGAAAUGGAUCUCGCAGGUACUGGAAACCCUACAAGUCGGC